AUGUUCCUCUCCCAGCAGACCUAUGCAACCGACAUUAUUGAACGUGCGGGUAUGACUUUUUGCAAACCCGUUGCCACUCCAGUGGACACAAAUUCUAAGCUCAGUGCUCAUGCUGGCAUGGAUUUCCCAGAUCCGACUCUCUACAGAAGUCUCGCAGGUGCUUUACAAUACUUAACAUUUACUCGGCUAGAUAUCAGCUAUGCAGUUCAACAGGUUUGUAUGCACAUGCACGCUCCAAAGACUAACCAUUGGAAGGCUCUAAAACGGAUCAUAAGAUACAUUCAGGGCACGAUCACCUUCGGUCUUACACUAGGAAAUCACAAAGACCCUACUCUUCUGGCAUACACGGAUGCCGACUGGGCUGGAUGUCCCGACACUCGACGUUCCACCAGUGGCUAUUGUAUAGAGGUGUACAAAAAAACUGAUUACGCAUUCGAAACCGGAAAAAAACCGAAAUCGGUUAUUAAAAAAACCGGUUUUUUUGUAACCGGUUAG